AUGAGUACCUGUGAUAGACUGGAAAGUAGCGGCGUCAAAGUCGAAGGCGCAGAGAAUGCGGGGACGACGCAGAAGGGGGAGUGCCCCGGGGAGGAGGACAAGCAGGGGGAGGUCAAAAAAGGGGAAGCCAAGCUAAGCACUCUACACGACGAGCCGGACGGAGAGCAGCAGGACGAACCGGACGAAGAAGAAACGAAGCCGCACCCGUGCACGCUCGAAGACGACGUAAACAUAAACAGAAUUAUAGAGCGCUUAGCGAAGGAAGACCCACAGGCCUUGGCAAAAAUAUACAGCCUAAUGAAGAACAACAACUGCCUUAAUUUCUACCCCCUCCUGACGCCAUAUCACAAUAUAAGAAGAUUAGUGGACAUACUGAUUGAGGAAAAUUACCAGCAUGAGAAUACGUGGUGCGUUCACUGUGAUGCUGCAUUCAUUUGCCAGCUGUUGUAUGAAGGAUUCAUCCCCGUGGCGAACAAACAAAAGAUUUAUAAAGUAGAAAAUAAUCAAACUAAAAUUGUAAAGGAAUGUUUACUGAUCCCGAAAAUACAUUACGUGAGAUCUUGUAUGCACCCCAGUGAAAUACACAUAUCUAGGAAGGUAAAAAAAAAAUGCAAAAAUUAUUUCAUGACUGUUAAUAAAGAUUUCGAUGGAGUCCUGCAAGGCAUUGUUGAAAAACACGGACAGAACUGGCUGUACCCAUUUGUACAAAAGGAAUUUAAAAAAAUUUUUGAAAAACAAGUUACCUACAAAAAUGUACGUAUGCAUUCAGUCGAGUUGUGGUGUGGUGAUUUUUUAGCCGCAGGAGAAAUUGGGUGCACUGUGGGUUCUAUUUACACUAGCCUUACAGGGUUCCAGAGACAGAAUUGUGCUGGUACCAUUCAAUUGUGUGCUUUGGCCAAGCUACUACAAAAACAGGAAUUUGAUUUGUGGGACCUGGGUAUGCUUUUGCCUUAUAAGAAAACCAUUGGGUCUAAGGAAGUCUCCAUGAAGGACUUCUUUAAGAUGCACCGCGUGUUCAAACACCGCGCCCCGAACUUUUGCGUGCCGUUCCAGGACAGACUCAACUGCGCCGUCCUCAUCAAUGGCACAGCGGGCGCAAGGGCGGACGCGCUGGCAGAAGUGCGGGAAGAAGUGAGCCGAGAAGCGAGCCCGGAAGGGAACCACCCAGAUUAG